GAGAGGGACGUCCGUGUGGGACACAGUGGCUCAAGACGCUUUUGUUUUGGAGUGGCUACUGUGGACAAAAAAUCCAGAAAACACCAUAAAAGGAGGAAAGAUUUUAACUUCCAGCAAAGAGAUGUGCAGCUUCGAUAAGGAGAAAGGGCCUGGCAGGCUGAUGAAAAAGGGGCUGAUUCUCAUCCUGGUCGGCCAUAUCAACUUCAUCCUGGGCGCCAUCGUCCAUGGCAGUGUCCUGCGUCACAUUUCAAAACCCAGCCAGCACAUCAGUACUGAAUACACAGUAGCCAACAUCAUUUCAGUCACAUCUGGCCUGCUGAGCAUUGCCUCUGGGAUUACUGCCAUUGUGGUUUCAAGGAACCUUCACAAGAUUAAGCUGCAAAUAGGGCUUCUGGUUUCGUCAUUCCUGAACGCUUUGCUGUCGGCGGCGUGCUGCGUCGGUCUCCUCUUGGCCAUUAGCAUCACCAUUGCCCAAAAUGGGAGCGGUCUGAUGUAUGGAUGCAACGACACAGUGGUGCCCAUCAAUGCCCGCUCGCCUGUCAGUGCCCAGUGCCCGUUUGACACGACACGAAUCUAUGAUACCACUCUGGCUCUGUGGAUCCCCUGCGCUCUGCUGUCGGCAGCCGAGGCCGGACUGUCGCUGUGGUGCUUCAUCGUUGGACUGGCGCUCAGAGGGCUGGCACCCUGUGGGAAAAGCUACAUCAAAGAGCAGUUGGAGGAAGAGGCUGAGCGCUCUCCCCAAACCCGCCGACUGAUCGGAAAACAUCUAAACACUCAAGCCUAAAGCGCCUCAGAAGUCUGUUGAAGUCCAUCCAUUUCAAACAGAAGAACAUAAAGUGCCAACAUGAAGAUUAAUAUGUGCUCAUAGGUGUGUUUUCCUUAAAAGGCCUCCUCGCGGUUUGGGUUCAUUAGUGGCUGAUAUGUGCUCAGCGUGUUUUUAUUAUGGAGAAACCAGUGUUUAUAUAGACUGAGUUGUUUGCUAUAUUUUUAUUUGUAGGAUUUCUUAUUCUACAGAACGCAAAAAGAGUCAUUAUUUAGCUUUUUCUUCACAUUCUUAGCCACUCCAUUAAAUCUUUUAAUUCAUAUGUUUUCUUCUUUUUUUUCUAAAUUCAGAUUUGAUUUCCAGUGUGAAACUGGAAUAAAAUAAAAUAAUUUACUUAAUUUAUCCAUCCACUUUUAUGCCAUUAAAUAGUAAACUGCAUGUUUGUUUUGGUAUACUGUUGGCGUUAUACCAGAAGGUAAAACAGACAUGCAGUUAUGCGGGUAGUUCUCUUAUAAUGAAUAUUAUCAUGAUUAUAAUAGACUAAUAAUUUUCAGUUUCUGAUAUAUCUUACUGUAGUUAACUUGUUAAGAAAUCUGUAUUUAUGGGACAAUAACUCUCCAUUUCAUUUUUUUUUCUACAUCAUUUGACAUUGCCAAGUUUGUUCAUUGGUAUUUUUUUAUCAAAUAUGAAGAGAAACACUCAAAUAUUUUGCUAAAUUAAUUUAUUUGGAACUACAUACAUUAAAAAUUGUUGAAUCUCGCCAAAGCUGUGUACGGACUGAG